CCACGCGGCAUCCAUGGUACAGAACAUUUAUGCGGUGGUAAUUAAAUGAACGACCUCCACCUACCUAGCGAGACUUGUCAUAGCUUGGAACAACACCAUUGCCAGAUCUGGAGAACUGCCCCCGAUAGGCUGCUCGUAAUGUUUCUAUUCCAAUCAAGAUUUCCUUAGAAGAAGAGAAUUCUUGAUAGUUAAAAAUCUAGCGAAUCUGCACAACCGGCCAACUCUGUAGCCGCCGUUCUACCUUGGCGGAAAGAGGUGACCAAAUCAGCAGAUCGGGGUGUACACCGUGCAGACGCCAUGGAUUCUAGCUGGAUCCAAGUUCUGUCCGCAGAAAAAGUGCACUGCAGGUAUAGCACAGAUGGCCGUCAAAGAGACGCGGGCUCUCUCCACCGUGGUUGAAGCCGAUGAGGUGGAUUCUUCGAAUGCAAGCACAGAGCAGCAUGUUUCAACGGUUCUAGAUUGUGAGUCAGGCCAGAAAUCGAGGACUCCAAGCUUUAUUGAUGUCGAAAGGGGAAACAGUGGAUGGGUUCGACGACGUAGGCACGGUGCAAUGCCAGAUGAAAGAGCUGCAAGCGCAGAUAGGAUAAGUGCACUUGAACUUGCAUUUAGAGGAUUUGCUGAGAGGAAAGGAGAAGCAGUAGUGGUGCCUUCCAUGGGAUUGACAUUUGAUUCUCUUGGAGAAGCUUAUGACUAUUACAAUCUUUAUUCGUGGGAGUGCGGGUUCGGAAUAAGGUACGGAAAGAGUCGUACAAACGUCAAAGGAGCUAAAAGUAUGCAAGAGCUACUCUGCAGCUGCGGGGGCAAACCAAAGAAAAUUAACUCAAGUUCUUCAAGAACAGAGUGCCCAGCCAUGAUUAGAUUGCUUAGAACUGAAGACGACGGCUGGUACAUAUGCGAAUAUAGAGUAUCUCACAACCAUGAGAUGUUGCACACGUACGCACAGAAACUCCACUUCCCUUCACACAGGCACAUCGACAAAUACACCAGAGAGCUGGUUUCUCGGUUGCGUCAGAAUAACGUUAAUCUUAGCAAGGUUUAUAGCAUAAUCGGCACAUUUUUCGGUCGUAUUGAGAACGUCCCUUUCACAAAGAGGUGCCUGCGGACGUUGUGUGCAAAAUUGAGCAGAGACCAGGCAGAUGAAGAUGUUAAGAAAACCAUGGAUUAUUUUGCAGAAUUGAAGCAGUACGACCCUGAAUUCACUUACACGGUGCGUGUAGACAGUGAAAGUAGAGUUCAGACACUCAUAUGGACAACUGGGAAGAGCAAAUUGCAGUACCACUACUUCGGUGACGUUAUUACAUUUGACACUACCUAUAGGACAAAUCUUUAUGACAUGCCGUUCGGACUUUUUGUUGGAGUGAACAACCAUUUCCAGAGUGUGAUAUACGCUGGUGUGCUUAUGCGUGAUGAGAAGGUUGAGACCUUCAACUGGGUAUUUUCUGAGUUUGUAAAGCUUAUGGGAGGGAAAAAAACAAUUACAAUUCUAACUGAUCAAGCAAGAGCUAUGGAGGUCGCUAUAGAGGAGGUUUAUCCUGAAGCAACACACCGUUGGUGCAAGUGGCACGUUUUAAAGAAAGCAAAAGAAUCUCUAGGUACUCUGUACAACAAACGCAGUGAAUUCAGGGAUGAGUUUCACAAGCUAAUACAGGAUAUGCUCACGGUGGAAGAGUUUGAAAAACAAUGAAAAGAGUUGAUCGACAAACAUUCACUGUAGAAGAACACAUUCCUCAUACAAACUUAUGAAAAGAGGCAGAUGUGGGCAAAACCUUAUUUUGCUGGGAAAUUCUGUGCCAGAAUGACUAGCACACAACAUAGUGAAAGUGCCAAUCACAUGUUGAAGAACUACGUACCUCCAGGAUGCCCUAUGAAUUUGUUUGUCAAACAAUAUAGCAAGCUCCAGUUUGACAGAGAUCAAGAAGAAGGGUUUCAAGAAAAACGCACCAGACUGGUAAAAUUUUGUAUUUAUGUGUAGAGAUUAGGUGUAGGAAUAAUUCUAUCUUCAAUAAAGUUAUAGUAUUAAUCCAAAUCGUCUUCUGAAAAAUUUCAAGGGGGGGGGGGGGGGGGGGGGUUGUUCUGAAGGCAAACAUUCUGUUGGAAAAGCACGCAAGCAAAAUAUACACCAGAACAAUGUUUGAGAUGUUCAGAUCACAUAUGUACGCAGCAGGGUCGUACACUAUAGCUGAGAUAACUCCAAAGAGAUUGUACACCGCUACUCAUGUCAAUGCAGAGAAAAGGAGCAAGUAUUGUAAGACGGUUUUUGAAAUAGGAAUAUCAGAUGACGGGGAGAUUUAUAAGUGCCAGUGCGGACUGUUCGAGCAUAUGGGCAUGGUUUGCUGCCACAUAAUAAAGGUCAUGAUGGUGCUGGAUGUUAAGAUGAUCCCACAAUACCAUAUCAUGAAGCGUUGGACAGUAGACGCACGGGACAUCCUACCUGAACACCUAAAGCAUUACCAGAAGGAUAUGGGUCCUAUUGAAUCACCUACGUACCGGCACUCAGCUCUGUACAACGCAGCUCUUGAGCUAGUAAGGCUUGGCGACACUAAUGUACAUAGUUACGAGUUUACUAUAAAGUACAUCAAGGACGGUUUAUUAAAAGUGUCACCUCUUUGCGACAAAGGAGAUGGCAUGAGUGUAUUGGACAAAGCAUCCAGCAUAGCCAGGUCAAAUGCAACUAGCCAAAUCAGGGGUGAUCUUAGCAUGAACAUGCCAGCCGAUGCACAGGAGCUUUCUGAAUCAAGGCACCAAAACAUGGCGAAGCGUACAAGGUCUGAAAGUUCAUGCAUGAAUGGCGGUGGCGCAGGCGAAGGUGAUAGUUCAGAAUCAAUGAACGAUGUGUUCUCUCCUGAUAGAAAUCACCAAGAACUAUCAGCACCACCUCCUAAAAGGUUAAGAGGCAGACCUACAACAGCAAGAGAUAAGGCACCUUAUGAGAAGAACAUUAAGAGGACUCGAUUUUGCAAGAUUUGUAGGGGUGAAGGACACAAGUGCACCACAUGCCCAAUGAGAGGGGAUGCUCCAGUUAAACCAAGGAAGCAAUCAACAUGCACCAAUUGUGGAGUAGCUGGACAUCGCAGGAACAGCUGCGGGAAAAAUAAAAUGUUCAACGACAGGUUAUCUAUUGAGUGAAGGAUGAUAUCAUGCAGAAUAAUGAUGAAGCCACGUUUCUUGGAUUUCAUAUAAUGAGCGUGUAUUUGUAGACCAAUUUUAUUUGAUGUACCUGGACCUCCAUGUUUUAGCUAUAAGUAUUAACAGAACCAAUGUUUACUUAUUUAAAAACAUUGCCGUUUUUGUUUUUUA